AAAUCAAAUUACAUUUUCUACUUUCGGCAACAUUUUUAUACUUAUUUCAAACGCCAAUGGCCAUUUACAAUUCAGAUUACUACGAUUAAUUAAUUACUAUUAAGACUAUUAAUACUCCAACGCGACGUGCCGAUUGUGUUCAUCAAGUCAUGCCGCUGUUUUUGAUUCUGCCCGUCGCGUAUUCCAGCUGUGAAUAUUAUACUGUUUUUUGUACAUAAUACCAAUUAUUUAUUGUUAUACUUAAUUGUGGACAAACAUGUUGGACGACAGCACCGACGAAUUACUUCUGGACGAUUUCAGUUGUGAGCAACUUAAUAAGAAAUUGGACGAAAUUUGUUGUAUUGUCAAAGAUUCUAAUUAUCAGGGCAACAAAGAAUUAAUUAUCAAGAAAUUUAUGACGAGUUGUAUUGAAAUGUUAAAUGUCGGCAAACAGUCUUUGGCGUAUAUUGAUCGAGGAUCUAAUUUAUCGACCAGUAUUUUAUCUGACGUGAUGGCUUACGUACAGGCCUCAAUCAUGACGUUUAAACACUGUUCACAAAGCAAUAGCGUGUACGGACCUGAUCUCUUCGAAAGUAUACGUCAGCCGCUCACUGAAUUUUUUCAAAAAUCCUCCGACCUACAGACCUGUUGCUUUAGAGUCGUAGAAAAUAUCAAAUUUGAUCCAAGUAAAAAACAAGAUGUAGAAUCUAUAACAAACAUUUUACAACUUAUCUGGCAUGGCGCCGAAGCUGUGUUUAGUUUGAGCACCAAAGUGAUGAGCGCCAACUGGAAAAUGUACGUCACCCUGUUGCAAAAGUACUCGUCUCAGUUGAAAGAUUACGUCAACACUGAUGAACCAAUCGAGUUUCUGUGUACAAAAAUCAAGUGUAAUGUCAUAUCUUUUCGGUGUGGCGAUGAAAUGCCACUAAAGUUAUCCACAUACAUGAUACGUGUUUUGGUGAAAUUGUGCACGCAUGGUCGUAUGUUGACGUCGCAAAAUAAACUGUUGGAGCUGUUAUUGUUUUUAAACAGUCAUUGGUUGUCAGAUAAGCAAGAGGUCGUCACUCUUAAAGAUAAACUGUCAAUUUUCGUUGACCAGCUACUAUUAAUAUCCGAUGAGUCUUUUUACCAGGUGUUUCAUUCAAGCUGUCAGAGUAUUUUGAAUGCCAACUGCGCCAGUAGAAAGAUAUCAGCUCUAUACUUUGCCUCAGUGUUGUUGAAACGUUUUGUAGAAAACCAGUAUCAACAAGAACAGUUAUUUUCACUGAUUUGCACCAUUUUUCAACUACUCGAUAGUGUCGAAUGGGCCAUAUUUUGUAUCAGCGAUAUUUACGAACAGACCUUGACUAAUAUGGCCGCGGCUGUUUUGGUUUCAGACGACGUCAAUUUGUUUGAGAAAAUCGAAAAAAUAAUUUUCUCCAACAUACUUCAAACCCGGUUUGUGACGGCCAUGUUGGCCAGCGACUUAUGGAUUAUUAUUGUAAGAUACCUUUCGCCAGAGGCAUCCGAAAUUCAAUUUAGCAAACUGGCCAAACUCUUUGAUGCACUCGUUGUCAUGCCGGCGUUUGGUCAAAGCCCACAAUUCAUUUUUCUGGACGCACUGCUCCGUAGACAUUUUGCAUUCAUAACCGACAAACGACACUUGGCCAACACUUGUCCGCAGUUCAACAACGCCCACUUGAAAGCGUCCAUAGGAAUACUGCACAUCUCCACGCUGUCCAAGAAACAACGUUUGUCCGAUUUGGUAAAAACGUUGACGUACAUUCCGUAUCAAAAAAAUACAGACCAUUUAACGGAGGACGUAGCGAAUGUGUGGAAAUUAAUCAAGGACGACCAUCCUGUUGGUUUCAUUAGCGCUUUGGUCGAAGUCAGUACAAGCUCGGACGCGCUAGUGAAAAAAAUCAUUCCUAAUGCAUCUAAAUUGUUAAACGACCGAAGAGCAGAUGAUACGACCGAGAUGAAACGUUGUCGAUUGCGGUUGCUGAGAUCAAUGUUGCCUCACGUGUCGUCGUCAGUUCAUGAAAAAACUGUUGUAGAUGUCUUCCAUGAAUACCUGUUUGACCAGCAUCCUUUAGUGCGACAAUGGACCGUCGAGACAGUCGUUUACUUUGUGAGCGUGACUGGCAAACAAAAUCACCUGAUAACCAUGUUGUUCAAGCAACCCCAAGUCCGGGCCAUGGUUACGGAUUAUUUGCAAAUGAAAACCGACGAGAGUUACAUAAAAAGUUUCGACAAUGUCGCCGAUCAUUUUCGACGGUUGUCAGAAUCGGGUAAGUUCAAACACUCGUGCUGGCAUACUGGCCGUUUAGAAAAAGCUCUGGACAAAUUGAAAACGAAUAUAGACAGUUUGAACAGCGUACUACUUGGAGAUACAAACAUUUCGGCUGAUGACCAUAACAGGCUAAAACAGUACUGCGCCCUGUUGAACAGUCUAUGUGAAAAAACUCAAGAUGGUAUCGUUGGAUAGAUUUGAUCGUUUUACUACAUUUACCAUGUUUUUAGUCGUUUAUAAAAAAUGCAAUGGCCUUAAAAAAAACCUAAAUUAAUGGGUGGGGGAGACUAUUUGUACUGAAUUCAAAAAUAACGUAAGAUCCCAUUGUAUUAUCAGUAAUUUAUAUAUAAACAAAUACAAAUUAAAAUUUUCACUAUUA